CGAGGAUCUUUCCUUCAUCUCCCUCUCACCCCACCGGCCUUUCUCUACCUCCAGGAGACUGGCUCACUCAUAUUUGCUCUCAUAUGAAAUACCACGGUCGUUAACAGAGCUCAUCUGUGCUCUCCCAGAGCGAGGCCUCGCCUCAACCUCACCUGGCCCUUGGCCCCAACCUUCUACGUUCCCUUCUCAGCUCAGCAGUGACCUCGGUGCUUCCCCUCAGCCGCCAACAUGUCGCAUCUCCAACAGCAGCUAAAGAGCUUCAAUGCUGGUGUCGUCGACUAUGCAGCCCGUAUGCCGGCACAGCGGCGCUUCGUGCAUAAUAACAAUAACAACAACUCAGCCAGCAGCUCCCAGCUUCCGUCUUCUACAUCUACACCCACGCCAGGCGAUGAAGCAAAGCGCAAACGGCAUGAUGCGGACAUCGUCUACUCACAGCCCGCCAACACGGGCACGGGCAAGGACAUCAUGACUCAGGUUGUCUUUGCGAUUGAGCACAUGAAGUCGAAAGGGGUUCCUCUCAAGUUCGGCGAUAUCGUCUCCUAUCUCUCCCUGCAGCACCGGGCCAAUGAUCAAGGCUACGUUCAGGCCCUUCGGAGCAUUCUUAAGAUGCACGAGAAGGUCCAGUACGACCCCAGCGGCGCAAACGGAGAAGGCACUUUCAGCUUCCGUCCCCCACACAACAUUCGCACUGCGGAACAGCUCCUCCAGAAACUGCAGGCCCAGUCGACCGGUGCUGGCAUGAGUGUUCGUGAACUCCGGGAGGGAUGGCCGAACGUGGAAGACGCGAUCAACAAGCUUGAGAAAGAAGGAAAGCUCCUCGUGACUCGGAACAAGAAGGAUGACCAUGCCAAGAUGGUCUGGGCCAACGAUCCAUCCCUCAUCCAGCACUUUGACAAUGAGUUCCGUCAGAUCUGGGAGAAGAUCAAGGUUCCGGAUCAGCAGGCUGUUAAGGAGGAGCUGGAGAAGGCUGGCAUUGUUCCCACGAACAAGAACAAGGUCGUCAAGGCCCGGCCGAAGAUGGAGCACAAGAAGGUGAAGAAGCCUCGGCGCAGUGGCAAGACUACUAACACCCAUAUGAUGGGCGUUUUGAGGGAUUAUUCUCACCUCAAGCGGUAGUGUCGGGGUUUCACUUUAUUUUUAAAAGUAUGCCAACUGUCUCUGGGAUUGGCUUACAUUGCAUUAUAUUGGCGUUCAUGGGGUAAUAGACAUGGGAGUGUGGUUUGGUGCGUUAUUCUUACUCCGGCAGUGGCCCUUCCGGUUGUGGUGGCUCUUAUGUAAAACUAUACAGCAAAAUCGAUACCCGAAUAAUUCAUGAUUUAUAGACUGGCUG